AUGGACUGGCCUCGAUUCAGACGUGAUGCCGUUGCCUUUCCAACACCCUGCCGAACGAGAGAUGUCUUCUAUCCUCACAUCUUCCCUGCCUAUCAGCCCUAUGCUUCCAAUGUUCCAGAGCCGCCAUCGAGAGAAGAACGAUCAUGGAGAAAAUUAGAUGGCAUUUCGGAUUUUCUGGACGAAAAGAUUGCUUAUUCUGGAGACCUUGGUUGGACUCUGGACUACGCCACGGCUUGGUGCUAUCGGCAUUUGAUUGGAAGCCAGCCUGAAGUCGCCGAUGCGAUUGAUCAUGUUCGAGAGCUUGGCACGGUCAGUCCAAAGACACCAUACUACAUUUUCGAUCAUCUCGACAAGGCCAUAUUUGGCGGCAAACUCCAAGACAUGGUUUAUCUGCGUUGGAGAAGUCGAUCGACUUGCUCGACCGGUACCACGUCAGCGCCCAAUGUAGAAGGAGUUCCACGGAUAUGUAUCGAACUCAACAAGACACCAUUCGAGGAUGAUGAAGCGGACAUCGACGAUUUGCUCGAGGCUUUGAUUCAUCAGAUGAUUCACGCCUACUUCCUCGUCUGUUGUGGUGCGCAAAAGAAGGGCGACCAUCAAGAUGGCAGACUGAUGGAUGGACUACACUUUGGAGUGAUCUUGCUCACAAUAAAAGAUAUUUCGAAGCAGUGUGUCGAUGGCGUUCUGAGCUUGAUCUUUCAUGCAUAUAAGCGGCGCGAGUAUGAAAGCCGUCUUCCACUGGCGCCAGCCAACCUGCUGACCAGCAAUCGGAUGCCACCCGCAAAGRCCAAAAACACCUACAUCUCGCUCGAUCCUCGGGGAAGUGCAGUCGGCCCUGCCGCUGCUGAUGGGCAGACACACUGCAUGCAUGAUAAUCGGAAGAUUAGCUGGCAGCAGAUCAAGAACUGGCAAGUCGAGACUUAUGCACGUGCUAUCGACCUACACAUGGAUCUCAAAGGCAUCGAUAUCUACGACCUCAAUGCCGACGGUGUCUUGGUGCAGCAUAGUAGGCUGCAUGUAGGCCCUUCCACCACCUAUGUCGAGCUUCUGUGGGAUGAAAAGCGCAUCAUGGUGCCGAGAGCAAAAUGCUUGAUGUUCCCCAGCCUGGAAAGGCCAAUCACCAAACUGGGUCAAUUCGAUCUGAUGAUACCUCGUUGUGACUUCGACACGUUUAAGUGCAUAUACGACUUCAUUCAAUUGGGGAACUACCGGACUUCGGACUACGACCUGGUCAGAAACGGUGCCAGAGUCUCGAAAGGACCUCCCGUGUACAUUCCUCAGGACGACACAACCCCACCUUCAGGGGCAUUACCCAGCAUCAUUGCCAACAUCAAAGUUUUCAAAGCCGCCGAGAAAAUGAAGUUCGACGAGAUGCAAUAUCAUGCUUUGGAGAAAUUGUGGAAUGCGGACAUGACAGGCGAUAAUCCCAUUGAUGCUUUCAAAAUCCUCUACAACGAUAGCGAUCACAGUAUAGAGCCAAUCCACGCUGAGCUCCACAAAUGGGCACGAAAAUUCAUGGUCAAGAAAGAUGACGGGAUGUCCGACGCUCUUGUACAACACAAUCCACAACGACAGCCAUCUCCGCAUCACGACCCAAUUUUCGAUUAUGAUCCAUACACCGUUUCCCAUCACAAUCAUCAGGGCCGCGGCAUAAGCAAUUACGAAAAAUUGCUCAAACUCCACGGCCCAAAUUUCGAAGAGCUCUACAGUCGCAAUCGCGCCUUUCAAGACGACGCUCAAAUCGCGAGGAACGAGCUGGUCCUAUCCGGUAAUCUCGAUCAGGAUAUGAUCCGAACCUGGGACUCUUCCUCGUCGCUUCCCGGUCACGCUGGUCUGGAUCCUAUGCAGCGAGCUUUGGGUAUGCCUCGUCGACGUAGUCUAGGACAUAUGRGUGCUGACUGGCCGUAUCCCCGUUUGCAGCAUAGUUGGGAUGAUCUUGCCAUGGUGGAUCCUAUUCGCGCGAGGGGUAUGGUUAUGCCGCGUUUCAUGCCGAGGAGGUUGAUGGGGCUUGGGGAGAAGAUUGGGAGGUUGCCGGCAUAUCAGUGGCGGGAAGAUUUUGGGUUGAAGCGGGUUCCUCGUCUGUAG